AUGCUGCAGGUUCUCGAAGGUUCGAUUGGGAUGGCCCGGGAUCCUGCGGAGCCCUUGGCUCUCGGCCUCAUCAUUCAGGAUUGCGACAUCCAACAGCCAACAGGCUCCGCAGAGGCUGCAGCCCCGUCCUUGGAGUUGCCCCCCGCCGAAGGCCCGCCGGCUUGUCCGGACGAGGCUGCGUCACCAGCCACCGUCGAUGUGGCGUGCCCUCGCACCGAAGAAGAGGAGCUCGAGCUGUCGGACGGCAAGGAGGUCAGCACAAAAGGCCUGGCAGCAGCCGAGGCUGUCACUUGCAGUGACUCGGAGAAUGAAGCAUGGACGUGUGUCGACUGCAAGUGUCCUCUACCGUGGGGGUCCGAUUGGCGUCAGGAAGAUACAGUUUUUUAUUGCAAGCCGUGCUUCAAUGACUUUGACAACAGGUGGUGGGAUUUUCACACCCGAGACGUCGUGGACACCGACCCGGCUCAUGAUGAGAGAUGUCAAGACAAGCUGCCCGACUUGGGGGCGUCUGACACCCCAGAUGCGCUCCAAUCCAGAUCCGUGGCGGGUACGGUGCUAAUCCAACUCUUGAAGCCUCUGCUGCAAGGCAAUCUCCACGCCGAUGCUCGCUUGUCAGGGGUUGACUCACUGGCAGUCCUGACCCUUUGCCGUCAGCUCCGCAUGGCCAUUCCCCAUCUGACAAUACGGCCGCAAGAUGUUUUCCAGUGCAGUACUGUCCAGGAUCUGUUGAGCAUGGUCGAGAAAGAGACGGACUCAAUCGAGAUGCAGAAAGAGAUGGCACCAGGAGUCGUGGGAGACGUGGGCGUCGGUCGAGCGGUUUGGUUUGCACCGGGUCAGGUGAAGAGUACCUGCAAAUGGCUUUAUGGCUGCCGUGGUUUGUUGGACGAGCGCUGCUUCAGGCGUGCUGCUGCGCAGCUUAUUGCUCGGCAUGAAGGCUUACGUGCAGAGUUUGAAGAUGGGGCAGGAAUGGAGAUCCUUCGCUUCAUGCGCGAUGUCGUUCCUCUUCAUCUCGUGAUCUGGCAAGAGCUGGAGAAGCUGAAGCUUGAUGGAUUUUCCAAGCGCUUGGUGCGGGGCUGCCGGAGGCUCGUCUCGGCGGCUUUCAAAGGCAGUUGGCCUCGAUCGGUAGCUCAACGUGUAACGAAGAACUUCUUGGAAGACAGGAUCUGGGUGGUGCAUUGCAAAACCUGGCGAGAAGUAGAGCAAGCAUCCCAUCGGCUGCGACAAGAAUGGGAGGUGCCUUUUACCCUGGGGCUCUUCUUGCUCAAAGGGGAUGCGAAGCAACCAGUCGAGCACGGAAAGUUGCCCGGAGAAGCUGACAGCCCAGAGGACUGGGGUGCUCCAAGCAGCUUUCUUCAGUUCGUGGUUUCCCAUGCUUACUCUGACGGCUACAGUGGUGUGCCCUUGGUGCAAGAUUUUGCAUCGCUCUACGUUCAGGAGGAGGAAGUUCUGCUAACAAGCCCGAGUACGCUGCAGCCAGCGAGUUACGCGGGCAGGUCGGACUUGAAUUCUCUUGUCCCCUUGCCUUGUGGUGCUGCCUUUGAGGUGUUGGAAUCGAGGCUGUUUGCCGCGAUGGACUUCCAGCCACCGUGGAGCAAUCCGGAGCAGCUUUCGCUACGGGCUGGCAUUUUUGACGAAUUGCCGAAGCGUCCACCCUGGGUUUACGACCACGAGGUUCUUCUGGAGGGCUCGGCAGUGGAAGCGCUCCAGAGAAAUGCAAAAUCGUACGGGCUGCCAUUUGACGUGGUGUUGCUUUCUGUCGUUUUGGCGGCAAGCUUCAAAGCAACAUGGAGUCAGGAGAAACUCAGGUGUUUCUACAAAGGUGUAUCGUCUCAGGACUUUGAGGCUUCCAAGACUGAGUUGUCCCUUCCAUUGACUCUCUACGCACCGAUGCGAGAUGGAAGCUUGAACGACGCCAUGGUGGGCCUCUUUAGUGAUUGGAGGGAUGUGACAAUUGCCUGCAGCUCGUCAGUUAGCCUGUUGGGCUUUUGUUUGGAUGUUGCGGAUCUUAUCCGCUUCCGCAGGUGGGCAAUGUUCGACCCGGUUCAGAACUCCAACAACAUUUUAGUCAACAUCCUCCCGCUAGACGAGCAGGCACGAGGUCGGCAGCACUUCAAGCAGACCCGAGCCCAUGAGUAUGGUGGCAUGCGCCAGGCAGCAGCCGAUCGCCGCAGGGCGUACAAGGCUCCACACCGCCCAAUGCGGAUAACAUUGGAACAAGAGGCUCCGGAUGCAUGGUGGGUCAACCUGAACAUCAAUGCCGACUUUUUUUCGACUUCUUGGUGUCGUUCAUUCGUAAAGAACUUGAAGGAGUGUGUGCAGGAUUUGCAGCGCCAACCGUUGCGGCCAGUACUGGUUGCAGGUGCAGGUUGA